UGUCCGCCUCAGGCACCUGCAGGCCAGAGGGUGACGAGGCCACGCGUGUGGUGUAACGGGACAGGGGACCGGGAGCUGAUGACCCUGACCUCUAGCGCUCUCAUCCCCAGACCUGACAGGGGUAGCUGUCAAGGCUGGUUCUUCCACCUUCUUGGACCUCUUCCGACUGUUCUCGAAUUUGGAGUGUCGUUUCCGGUGGGACCAGCCCAAGGACAGGUUUCCGGGCGGCCCAGUUGACCCGUACCUGGACUCUUUGGCAGGCUCCCCUGCAUGCUGGGCUGGAAACAGGCGUCAGCAUUUGCGAGACGCUCCUGCUACUUACGUUUUGAUCCCCUAGGGAUGACUUCACGAAGUGUAGCUGCUUGUGAUGGUAUUCCUGCUCCUUUGUGAUUGUGGCUGGAAGACUGCUUUAAGUCUUGCGUUAGCGACUUGUUUAUGCUGCCUGUGGUUCAGUCGAUCAACAACUUUCUUUGGAGCUCUUUGCCAGGCAGAUGUCAUGUGGCCUGUGCUCUGGACCGUGGUGCGGACCUAUGCCCCAUAUGUCACCUUUCCUGUGGCCUUCGUGGUUGGGGCUGUGGGCUACCACCUGGAAUGGUUCAUCAGGGGAAAGGACCCUCAGCCUGUGGAGGAGGAGAAGAGCAUCUUGGAACGUCGAGAGGACCGAAAACUGGAUGAGCUGCUAGGCAAGGACCACACGCAGGUGGUGAGCCUUAAGGACAAACUGGAAUUUGCCCCCAAAGCAGUCCUGAACAGAAACCGUCCAGAGAAGAAUUAAUGGAGGGCCCAGGUCCCUGCCGCCAUGUCGACCCAGCUUCAGAACAUACAUCUGAUUUGCUUUGCUGCUCACUCCGGCCCCUUCUGCACCCCACAGCCACACACACAUACUGGUUGGCCCUUUAUGGCUGUCCAGCUGCAGCAGUAGGGGCCGACCAAGAGGAAGACUGCGUCCGUUGAAUGGGCUGUCUCCAUGACAGUGCAGGCUUCUGAUCUUACCUGGGAGCCCAGCCCAGGGGAAUGAACACUGCUCUCAGGCUCCCUGGGGAGGGCCGUGGCCUCAGCUGGGAAUGGUUGGGGUUUGUUGUUGCCAUUAGGAGGGGCACCUCCAUGUCUAGUUCUACUUUUUGCACUGGAAAGAAUCAGAAAUCUCCCUGGCUCCCUUGAUGGGUUUUUCCUAUUCUCUGGUACAUGUGUCCCUUUAUCGGCUCAGGAGUAGAUUCUCAGGGGAAGGAAAGCAUGUUUCUGCUGUGGGGAGCUCAGGCUGUUGACCUUGGGGCAGAAGGGGUGUACACCUGGAGAUAAUCACUGUCUUCCCCUCUUCCUCACUGUGUAGCGAGAACCUCCAUUAAAGUGGCACCGGAGACACAG